AUGGCUGAAUUUGAUAGAUUAAAGAUGAAAGAUGACGACACUAUUGAUAUGUUUGCUGGAAAGUUAUCUGAGAUAUCAUCGAAAUUUGCAUCAUUGGGAGAGAUACUAGAAGAGCCAAAGCUUGUGAAGAAAUUUCUUAAAAGUUUGCCAAGGAAUAAGUAUAUUCAAAUUGUUGCUUCUCUCGAGCAAGUUCUUGACUUGAACACAACAAGUUUCGAAGACAUAGUGGGCAGAUUAAAGGCAUACGAAGAAAGAGUGUGCGCGGAGGAAGAAGAGAAAUCUGAUGAUCAAGAAAAAUUAAUGUAUGCUGCUAACUCGAGAUCAAACCAAGAAGGUUACAGCAACAACUAUGGUAACAAUCGCGGUAGAGGAUGUGGAGGACGAUCAUCAUGGAGAGGACGAGGUCGCGGCCGCUUCAGUAACUUUAAGCGCCAGAGAGAGGCGUAUAGACAAGGACAGGGACAGAACAGAGACACCUCUCACAUUACAUGUUUCAAGUGCGAUAAGCUCGGUCAUUAUGCAUCUGAAUGUCCAUACAAGGAAUUGAAACUCCAAGAAACCUGUGAGAAGAAGGAAGAUGAUACACAUGAGGCUGGUGAACUGAUGGUGAAUGAAGUAGUAUAUCUCAAUGAAAGGAAGGUAAAUCCAAAGAACUUCGAGACUAACUUGGAGAAUACAUGGUACCUCGACAAUGGGGCGAGCAAUCACAUGAGUGGGAACCGACUAUUUUUCCAAGACCUUGAUGAAAGAGUUACUGGUCAAGUGAUAUUUGGUGAUGACUCGUGUAUCGAUAUAGUAGGAAGAGGAGAAAUAAUGGUGAAAACCACAAGAUCAAGCAACCGUCUCUAUAAAGUGACCCUACAAGCUGAUCAGAUCCGUUGUCUACAAGUAAUGGCUAGUGACUCGUCUAAGUGGCACGCACGCCUUGGACACAUCAACACAGAGCCGAUGAAGAUAAUGAUCAACAAAGAACUGGUCUUAGGCAUUCCCAAGCUUAACAUUGACAAGGAGACAUGUACGACGUGUCUACGCGGGAAGCAAACUCGAUCAUCUUUCCCGUAA